UCGGGAAACAAACUCAGAAAUUUGCCACAAGAAAUUUUCAAAGGCUUACAGCAGCUUCUGAUUCUAUUUUUACAUUAUAACCACAUGAGGGAGAUUCCCUACGGAUUUUUUGAAGAGUUGAAGGAUAUAUUACGAGUGAGUUUGGACACAAACCUGAUGUGUUGUCAUAUGCACAAGGAGGACGCUGACUGUGCUUUCAUUGAUAACGACGACUUUGCCAACUGUGAAAACAUGUUCAAGAACCCAAUCCCGAGGAAGAGCAUAUGGGCAAUCGGCUCCCUUUCCCUGGCUGGGUCGGUGUUUGUCAUCACAUGGCGUUCAGUCUUUAAGGAUACAAACACGGUACAAUCAAUCAUGUUGUUGCACUUGGCAGUCUUUGAUGGUUUAAUGGGAGCAUACCUAAUCACACUUGGUGUUAAAGAUCUGUUGUGGAGAGGAGAGUAUUACUUACAUGACUUCCAGUGGCGGUCCAGUUUGGCUUGCCAGAUAACUGGUGCCACCUCUUUGCUAUCCAGUGAGUUCUCCUUGAUGCUGAUGGCUUUGAUAUCUGCAGACCGACUCAAGAACAUUGUGUUCCCGUUCAGAGGUGGAGCACUUUCGCGGAAUAUGACCCACAUCCUUUGCGCCAUCAUAUGGCUCGUCGGCUUCCUCCUGGCUUUCUUUCCGAGCGCAAGAGUAUCUGGGAAGCAAAAUAGCAAUGCUGAGAAGCUUCAUACGGAGUACUUUUCACUGCAGACAACAACAAGAUCCACCAGAGAUUGAAGAUAACGGACAACAAGAAGAUCAACAAGAAGGAGAAGCGAUGGAAAUGCAGAUUCUUGGAUUGCCACAUCCAGAUCAAGAUGCACAAGAGCAGCAUGGAGACAAUCAAAUUGAAAUUGUCCAACAGCUUCACAAGGAGGAACAACAAGAUCCACGAGAGAUUGACGAUAACGGGCAACAAGAAG